UUUCUCUUUUCAAACAGAGAAAGUAGAGAAGAAAUGGCAGCUAAUCCCUCACUAUCUCUUCUCGUCCUCAUUGCCCUUAUAGCUCCAAUGCUCAUUAAUUGUUCCCCUGUUCAUCAAGACCCUGAAAUGGUGGUAGAAGAGGUGCACAGGGGCAUCAAUGCGUCGCUGAGCAAAAGGAAAUUGGGGUAUCUCUCCUGCGGAACAGGGAACCCAAUUGACGAUUGCUGGCGCUGCGACUCUAACUGGGAGAAAAACCGCCAACGUCUCGCCGAUUGCGCAAUUGGGUUCGGCAAGCAGGCCAUUGGUGGCCGUGACGGACGCAUCUAUGUGGUCACUGACUCCGGCGACGAUGACCCUGUCAACCCCAAGCCAGGCACUCUCCGUUACGCCGUAAUCCAAGACGAGCCCCUCUGGAUCAUCUUUGCUAGAGACAUGGUGAUACAGCUCAAAGAAGAGUUGCUUAUGAAUUCCUUCAAAACCAUCGAUGGCAGAGGUGCUAGCGUUCACAUUGCAGGUGGGCCUUGCAUCACAAUCCAGUAUGUGACCAAUAUCAUCAUUCAUGGCCUCCAAAUCCAUGACUGCAAACAAGGAGGAAACGCCGAUGUGAGGGACUCACCUCACCAUUACGGGUGGAGGACUAUAUCUGACGGUGAUGGAGUGUCCAUCUUUGGAGGUAGCCAUGUAUGGGUGGACCAUUGCUCCCUUUCCAACUGCCAUGACGGUCUGAUCGAUGCCAUUCAUGGUUCUACUGCCAUCACCAUCUCCAACAACUAUAUGACCCACCAUGAUAAAGUUAUGCUUCUGGGUCACAGUGAUUCCUUCACUCAGGACAAGAACAUGCAGGUCACCAUUGCUUACAACCACUUUGGAGAAGGCCUUGUCCAGAGGAUGCCUAGGUGCAGACAUGGGUACUUCCACGUGGUGAACAAUGACUAUACUCACUGGGAAAUGUAUGCCAUUGGUGGGAGUGCCUCGCCCACCAUUAACAGCCAAGGCAAUAGAUUUCUAGCCCCCGAUGACAAUGACAAUAAAGAGGUGACCAAACACGAGGACGCCCCAAUGAGUGAUUGGAAGAACUGGAAUUGGAGAUCGGAAGGAGACCUGAUGUUGAAUGGUGCCUUCUUCACGCCAUCAGGUGCGGCAUCUUCAUCAAGCUAUGCAAAAGCUUCGAGCUUGGGCGCUAGACCAUCUUCUAUAGUGGGUGCCAUUACUACAUCGGCUGGUGCACUCAAUUGCAAGAAGGGUUCCCGGUGCUGACCCUGAAUUUAUAUAAUUAGCUACAUACUAGCCUAAGAGAAAUAAUACUACUAAACACAAUUACCCAAAGGAAGAAGAGGAAAGGGGUAAAUGAAAGCCUAUUUUUAACUCUUUCUUUUUUGUUUCUUUAGGGAAUUUUCCUUGAUUUGUUGUAACUUUGGUUCUUGAUUACAACCUCGGCCUGUUUGAUCUGAGAACCAUUUUCGGGUUCCUUAGAGAAUCCCAACUGGUGUAAGGCAAACAAGUGCAAGAAGUGUUGAAAAGUUAAUUUUGGUUUGAUAU